AUGAAGUUCGCACUCUUGCUUCUUCUUGUAGUCGUAGCAAUUGGCUGCGCACACGCAUCCCGCUAUCACCCGUACUAUCAUCGGGGAUAUGGAUACCACCAACCCUACGGCGGUUACCAUGGUGGGUACCAUGGUUACCCAGGUUACCCUCGUCAUGGAUUAUACAAUAAUGGCUACUACGACCAUGGGUACCCUGGAUAUGGACGUAGUGUGGUCCUAUAA